AUGGAGGUGGGCUCGCGUGCACCCUCUGCAGAACCAUGGAACCCUUCCCCAACCGACCCAUCCUCAUCGCCGAACCAUGUCCGCACCCGCCGCAGGCGCUCGCCCAAUCGUGUCAAGGCCAAACCCGCGAACCCCCAGGUCAUCUCUUCCAUCCUCACCUCACUCGACACCCUCACCCCGCUGCCCGCCAACGACGACUUCUCCGAGACUGCCAGCCGCCGGUCUCACCCAGACUCCUCCAGUCGAUCCGUCGCCGGCUCCGCCUCCAUCUACCGCGCUGUUUCCUCUCCCGGCUUCGGCGUCGAGUAUGGGGUCGGCCUAGAGCUCGAUUACGAGGAGGGAUUGAGCGAUGCCGCGCUUCCACCCACCGUACCUACCUCGCGAUCGCCAUCACGUUCGUCAACCUAUACCGUGAGGAAGUCGCCUGCCUUCACUGGGCCUAUGUCCUCUCGCGCGAGGUCUCGUUCGCGCCGCAGCUCUCUCUCGGCGAAUGGUACUCGCGCUGGAAGCACUAGAAAGAAGCUGAGUUCGGAGAGCUGGGUUCGGAGAACUCUGGACGCGGACGACGGCUCCUCCUUCACUUCGAGAGGGAGGACACCGCGAAAAAGUCUGCGCCGGAUCGGUUCGCAGGAAAUGCUGAGAUCUGACGAUUUCGGGUUCUCACCAAAUCGUGCUUCACCCGCUGUGUCUCUUGCCGAGCAGAUCAUCGCAAGGACUCCCCCGGCGCCCUCGUCCCGUCCGAGGGGAAGGCUAUACCUCCACGACGCUACUAUCAACGAGGAUCAAGCGCUGGCGGAAUCUCCAGAAUCUCCAGAAUCUCCGAGCCCAAUACAGUUUUCCUCUACAAGAUCGCCCGGACGUACACCGGACAUUGAGAAUUGGAAUUCGCGGGAAGAGUCGGCUCAUGCAUCGGAGCUUCCUCAACCACAGACUGAAGAGAGACUGCAGAGCGAGCUCGAGAAACCUGUUGCGGUAAAUGCAACGCCGCCUUUGAAGACGCCAAGUCCAAUCGCCGACUCCAUCCCGACGCGCACUUCAUCUCUGCGGCAGCCCAGUAACGGCCCGGCUGCCGUUAAGAAGAAACAUAGGAGAACCAAGCGCCACACCGUCGCACCGAGCAAAUCCGAGAAUAUGAAGCCGGCCUACAAGCGAUCUAAAUCCAUUCCAGAUUCCAGCUGGGCAGACCUUGGAGAGGAUGACGAGACAGUGCGACGGAUUCGACAAUUGAGGGAGCAGAGGAAAUCAAGACUACAAGAAUCGACUUCUGUUUCAUCACCCAUCGGCGAGGAGGCGGAUGAAAUUUCAAUCCCUGUCUAUGAGCUGGCAGCUCCACAAACUGAAGAGGUCAAGCCAACAACACGGACCCAGCCAGAAGCCGGUGGCGACGCGAGCACUCCAAUCAAAGGAAAGCAAUUACUGAAAGUUGAGGAUGAAGGGGGACACUUUCAAGUGUCGAAUGGAAGUCGACGUGCGGGCGUGCGGCCUGUCAGCGUAUCACCAGACGCAAAGCGCCAAUCAAAUCUAUCACUCGAAGUGAAGCGAGCAUUAUCCGAACAAUACAGACCAGCUUCUUCGAAAUCGGAAGACAAUUCUACGAACCAAUUAGCAUCCUUGGAUUACUCGUAUGCUCAAGCUGUCGAUGCUCUGAACAACGCCAACGGCGUCGAACGGAAAGCGGGAUCCUCCAGGUCAAAACCGAAUCGAGAGUUAUCAGAGCGAAGUUCACUUCCAGUUUCGGAUCUUUCAAGCCCAACAUCAAUCCAUCAGACGAAACCAGCUCUCCCCAAAACAAAACAGUCAAAGAAACCGAAAAGUGUCCAAGAUCGGUGGACCAAUGUCCACCACCCAGACCUUCCGCAGGACUUUGAACGAAGGAAAAGCCGUCGGAAGUCGAUGAGCGAUGCGCGCCUUGCACAAGCCAUUGAGGAAGAGGGUGGGAUGUCUCGUAGAGAUAGUAUCGGGAACGCAGUGAACGAGUAUCUAGAUUCCCCGCGACUCACGAAGUUUGUGAAGAAUCCCACCACUGGCCGCAAAAUUGCGUUCUCCGAGGUCGGCGAUCCUCAAGGAGGGGCUGUAUUCGUUUGCGUUGGAAUGGGCUUGACGAGAUUUGUGACGGCCUUCUUCGACGAACUCGCCGUGAUGUUGCGCUUGCGGCUGAUAACUUUGGACCGACCUGGUGUCGGAGCCAGUGAACCUCUCCCUCCAACAGACAAAAGUGGGCCUUUGAAAUGGCCCGAAGAUGUGCUUGCCGUCUGUCAGCACCUUGGAAUCAUCAAAUUCAGCAUCCUGGCGCAUUCGGCAGGAGCGAUCUAUGCGCUAGCGACUGCGCUCAUUCUUCCUCACCUGGUCCAAGGCAAAGUCCAUCUCCUGGCUCCGUGGGUGCCGCCAAGUCAACUGGAAGCGAUAUCUCAUCCAGCAGCCUCGGCAUUGCCGGCGAACCCUUUGCCCAGGAGCCAGCGGUUCUUGCGCGUGCUUCCAACUCCGUUUCUCAAAGCGGCGAACUCGUCGUUCAUGACGGCCACGUCUGCAUCUCUCAAGCCAGCGACCAAACGGAACAGUCGGACCAACACAGCAAAGACGACUCCGCGCAAAGGUGCAGAGACGGACGACUCCCCCAAACGACGCGUGAGCCAUGAUCGGCGGGACCACAAUCGAAGGGAGUCAAUGAUGCUGAUGGACCAGUUCAUGCCAGGGACAAACCCGAUGGAAAACUUCUCGAUUCCUUCGAGAGCUGGAGAAGAGAAAGAAGGGCAAGCCCGUGUCAAUCGGGGUUCACUUAUCCUCUCGGCUACAGCAUCCCCAGCGGACCCGAACUUUGCAUACGCAAUCAAUGGUCUGAACGCUGCCGAACACGCGGAGAAGGAACGACAAACCGAGUACACGAGCCGUCUGACACAGCGCACAUGGGAUCUUGCGACGCGAGACAGCAACCCAGCGACAGAUCUGCUGGUUUGUCUCGAGCGUAACCGCGACGUUGGCUUCCGGUACACGGACGUGGGACGUGAGGUUGUCAUCACGCAUGGGUCGGAGGACAAGCGCGUACCGAUCGCCAAUGUCAAGUGGCUCGCAGAGCAGAUGAACCGACGAGCGCUUGGACUGGAUCUCAGCGCUCGUGAGAGCCGCGAGAGCUGGGCGGAUCCGUCGGCCAAGGGCGGAUGCGAAGUCAGAGUACUGGAGGGUGAAGGGCAUGGAUUGAUGGCCAGCCCGGCGAUUAUGAGCGACGUGCUCACCGAGAUUGCUGGAUACUGGAUGGGGCAAGAUAAAGGACGGUUGUGA